AACAAUCAACUCACAUCAUAGGAAACUGUUUCAUUUGUUACCUACACAAAAGAUGAGUGAAAGUGGAAUCAGAAAUGAUGAGAUAUCCCAACUGCAAACAGAACUUGAGCAAGAGAGAGAGGUCAAUGAAAUGUUGCAGGGCUCUGUCUGUGACCUUAGGAGCACAUUGGCAGAUUUGGAGGAAAGACUUCGCAAUGUAGAUGGAGAAGAGAAUGAAUGGAGGACCAGAUAUGAGACACAGCUGGAGCUUAACGGGCAGCUGGAGACACAAAUCAGUGUUGUCGGAGAGAGACUCGAGACCCUCCGCCGCGACCCCUCAGACAGACUGGCUUCUAUUCGUUCAUAUGAUGAAAUGCCACUGGAUGGUCUUAGACAGAGACUGAAACUGUUGACUACUGAGAAGAACAGUCUACAAAAUCAGCUGAUGGACCUCCAAAUGAGAAUCGUGCGAGAAGGAAAGGCUUAUCAGAAGGUCUAUGAAGAGAGGCGAGCCUAUCUUGCAGAGAUCGCACAGAUCCUGCCUAUAAUGUUAAACAAUAAUGUCCCCAGCUGUCCUCCGCUUUGGAUCAUAGCAGAAGGCAGCAGAUGGUUCAGGCCCAAAGGACGACACAGGGUCCUGACAAAAACACAUCCCAGGAGAGUAUGAAGCAACGUUCAGAUGAGGUGAGGGGGUCUGUCAGAAAAGCAGCAAAACUAAGCCGACUCCCUCGAUUAAAACGCUAAAGCAGUGGAAUGAAGUGAUGCCAUGUUUUCUAACUUCUCAUUCAUUUUUAUUAAGCAGUAUUUUUGUAACUUACUGAGGCUGCAAUUGUUAGGCUAUAAUAUACAGAAUAGUCAAACAUUUCAAAUAAAUAUUUCUUGAAAAACCCAAAUAUUUCUUGACUUGUUUAUAAGUGUUUUAAACAGUUUUAAGUAUAAAAACCCAUAUAGCCAAGAAAGUGUAUGCUGCAGGUUUU